AUGGCGGAGAAGAGGGAGCUAGAAGCCAUGGGCUGCUUGGGUCUGAUCUACACCGUGUACAUUGACAGUCUGAGUGUCCCUCUGGAAGGGCUGGUGGCAAACCUCUUCACGUGCUUGAUCCCAGUGGCUGGAGGUUCCCAGAAGCUCUUUUCACUGGGAGCGGGGGACCGGCAGCUCAUUCAGACCCCACUCAAUGACACUCUGCCAGUCAGUGGUAAAAGUGUAGCGCUCCUCUUCCAGCAGUUAGGGAUCCAGAAUGUUCUUAGUCUCUUCUGUGCGGUUCUGACAGAGCACAAGGUUUUGUUCCACUCUUCCAGCUAUCAGAGACUUGGGGAGGCCUGCCGUGCCUUAGAGUCCCUCAUGUUUCCUCUUAAGUACAGCUACCCCUACAUUCCCGUCCUCCCAUCUCGACUGCUGGAGGUGUUGAGCUCGCCUACGCCCUUUAUCAUAGGAGUGCACUCCAUGUUCCAGAGCGAGAUCCAAGAGCUGCUCGAUGUGAUCAUUGCUGACCUUGACGGAGGAACAAUUAAAGUACCAGAGUGUAUACACCUAUCCCAGCUCCCAGAACCCCUGUUGCACAAUACUCAAAAAGCACUGUCCAUGGUUUUGCACCCAGAUCUGGAAGGAGCAGAUAAUGCCUUCCCACCCCCUCGUUCUGCUCCAUCCAACCUCAAACUGCUGGAUAAGGAGGUGAGGGCGGUCUUCCUGCACUUGUUUGCACAACUCUUACAGGGCUACAGGUCCUGUCUGCAACUCAUUCGCAUCCAUUCCGAACCUGUGAUUCACUUUCAUAAGGCUGCCUUCCUGGGCCAGCGGGGCCUGAUAGAAAAUGACUUCCUGACCAAGGUGUUGGAUGGCAUGGCCUUUGCGGGAUUCGUGUCUGAACGGGGACCUCCAUACAGAGCCUGUGAUCUGUUUGAUGAGCUGGUGGCUUUAGAUGUAGACUGCUUUAAGGAGGAAGAGGAGAACCUGGUCAAAUUCCAGAAGCGCUUGCGAGAGCUGUCCGAGCAACUUUACAAAAACGAGAACCCAAACCCCCACAUGGCCUUCCAGAAAGUGCCUCGGCCCACCGAGGGCUCACACCUGCGGGUGCAUGUGGUGCCCUUUCCCUUGUUGGAGGAGGAAAGGGUGGAGGAGUUGAUACAGGAGGGCCUGGCCAAGCAGCACACCGCCCCUAUCAGUACCCGUCCAGAGAGGAAGUGUAUGGUGCCUGCUGGACCACCUGUGGUGUCUAUCAUGGGCAAGCCCAGCUCGGUUUUUAACAGUGCUCGUAGACUGGAGGUGGUCCGGACGUGCAUCGGUUUCAUCUUCGACAACAAGACUCUGGAGACAGAGAAGGCACUCCCUGCGGCUCUUCGGGCGCUGAAAGGCAAAGCAGCACGCCAGUGCCUGACCGAAGAGCUCAGCCGCCACGUGCAGCAGAACCGUGCUAUCCUGGACCACCAGCAGUUUGAUCAUAUCGUUCGCAUGAUGAACUGUGCUCUACAGGACUGCUCCAGCUCGGAGGAAUACACUGUAGCCGCCGCCUUGCUGCCCCUGACAACGGCCUUCUUACAGAAACUGGCAGCUGGCGUGGACCAGUUCGCCUACACCUGCAUACAAGACCAUCCCAUCUGGACUAAUCAGCAAUUCUGGGAGGCCACCUUCUACUCUGAGGUGCAAAACCAGAUCAGAGCGCUUUACCUCACCGCCCCUGAGGAAAAACAACUCAUCACCACCAAGAUCAAGAAACUGGCAGCUGGCGUGGACCAGUUCGCCUACACCUGCAUACAAGACCAUCCCAUCUGGACUAAUCAGCAAUUCUGGGAGGCCACCUUCUACUCUGAGGUGCAAAACCAGAUCAGAGUGCUUUACCUCACCGCCCCUGAGGAAAAACAACUCAUCACCGCCAAGAUCAAGUGUUGUGCAAUAAACAGUAUUGCAGGGAGUGUGGCCGAGAGCUUUGACACUGAGAGCGGAUUUGAAGACUCUGAGACCAGUGAUGUUGCCAACUCUGUGGGGAGAUUCAUCUCUCGUUUCAUUGACAAAGUGUGCACAGAGAGUGGAGUGACACAGGAUCAUAUCAAGAGUCUGCAUAGUAUGAUUCCAGGUCUUGUGGCAAUGCAGAUGGAGACUUUAGAAACGGUUCACAGAGAAAGCAGAAGACUGCCUCCCAUUCAGAAGCCCAAGAUCCUGCGGCCUGCCCUGCUACCCGGAGAGGAGCUGGUGUCCGAGGGGUUACGGGUGGUCUUAGACCCUGACGGUCGAGAAGAGGCCACCGGCGGGCUUCUGGGAGGGCCACACAUCCUGCCAGCAGAGGGAGCACUCUUCCUCACCACUUACCGUAUCGUUUUCAAAGGCACUCCUCAUGACCCACUAGUUGGCGAACAGGCCGUAAUCAGGAGUUUUCCAGUAUCCACUUUAACCAAGGAGAAAAAAAUCACCAUUCAGAACCAGCUACAGCAAAACAUGCAGGAGGGGCUUCAGCUAAGAUCCGCCUCCUUCCAGCUAAUUAAAGUGGCGUUUGAUGAGGAGGUGAGCUCUGAGAUGGUAGAGAUCUUCAGGAAACACCUGCAACGGAUCCGCUACCCACCAUCCAUCUUCAGCACCUUUGCCUUUGCAGCAGGACAGACAGCACCACAGCUCAUAUUACCCAAGCAGAAAGAGAGAAACACGGGCUUCCGAACACUAUCGAAGACCAUUGUGAAAGGGGCUAAAAGGGCAGGCAAGAUCACAAUGGGCCGCCAGUCCACUAUGAAGAAAAACGAAAAGGGCAGUCGCAUGACGUGGCAUGAGGAUGAUGACAUCUCCAUCUCAGAUGAUGGUGAGCCCCCCACCAGCAGCACACUGAAGGCCUCAGAGAAGUCCACUAUGGAGCAGUUAGUGGAGCGAGCCUGUUUCCGUGACUAUCAGAGGCUGGGCUUGGGUACCAUUAGCGCUAGUUCCACACGGUCUAAAAGCGGAGAGCAGUUUCGUGUUACGGCAGUCAACAGGCUCUACUCGUUGUGUCGCAGUUACCCGGGUCUCCUGGUGGUGCCUCAAACUGUUCAGGACAGCAGCCUCCAUAAGGUAUCCCGCUGCUACCGGCACAACCGUCUGCCAGUCGUGUGUUGGAAACACCCUCGCACCAAAGCGGUUUUACUUCGUUCAGGUGGUUUUCACAGCAAGAGUGUGGUUGGACUUUUCAAGUCUCAGAACCCUUCUUCAGCAGCUCCGACUUCCUCAGAGACCUCCAGCAGUCUGGAACAGGAGAAAUACCUGCAGGCCAUCCUCAGCUCCAUCCCCAUCUACUUCAAACCCAACAGCAACAACACCCUCACCAACCGCUCCCUCAUCGGCUUGUCCCCAGGUAUUGCAAAGAUAUCAGCGGAGCUGCUAAUGACUGUCCUGUCUGUCUUCAGAGGGGGUGAUUGUUGCAUGUGUGUGAAUUUUAUUUUCUGUUUUUAUUUCCUGGUUCUCUAUGCCACCACCAACUCCUGCACCUUUAAUCUACCAGUACUUGGGUACAGAGAUAAACUAUUCACUCACUCAAACCAAAAAGCUCCAGCUAAGGGAAGAAUUCACAAUCAAGGUGUGUGGGCUAGUCUGCGCUCUAGCAGCAGAUUCAUCCAGCAAUCCGCUGCUGCCGACAUGGGCACGCGGUUGGCUGGCAAGGAUCUGGCGCCCCCUACAGGCAUUGAGAACCUCCAGGCCAAACUCCUCAAGCAUCAAGCCGCGCUCUACAUCUUUGGCGAAAAGUCUCAUCUCAGGGGCUUAAGACUGGACUCAGCACUGAACUGUGAACUGGUGCCGGUAGAGUUUGCAGACACAAAACAGGUGAAGGGCUCCUUGAAGAAGCUUCUAAGAGCGUGUGCACCCAGUUCCAUGUCCUCAGACACAGAGGACUCGUUCCUUAAGGCUCUGGAGGAGAGCGAAUGGAUGCUACAGCUACACAAGCUGCUGCAGCUGGCUCUGGUUGUGGUGGAGUUGCUGGACUGUGGAUCAUCUGUACUAGUUAGUCUUGAGGAUGGCUGGGACAUUACCACUCAGGUGGUUUCCCUUGUGCAGGUGCUCAGUGAUCCAUUCUACAGGACCUUAGAGGGCUUUCAGGUGCUUUUGGAGAAAGAGUGGCUGUCUUUUGGCCACAAAUUCAGCCAACGUGGCAACCUGACCCCCAGCAGCCAGGGCAGCGGCUUCACUCCCAUCUUCCUCCAGUUUCUUGACUGUGUCCAUCAGGUUCAUUACCAGUACCCCCUUGAGUUUGAGUUUAAUCAAUACUAUCUGAAGUUUCUGGCAUACCACUACGUCUCCAAUCGCUUCAAAAACUUCCUUCUGGAUUCGGACUAUGAGCGCCUGGAGCAUGGCACAUUGUUUGAGGACAAAGGAGAAAAGCAGGCCAAGAGAGGAAUCUGUGUCUGGGAGUGUAUCAACCGAAUGCACCGCAAGAGUCCUCUCUUCUUCAACUACCUGUAUAGUCCCUCAGAGACGGAGGCGGUGUUGAAACCGCUGAUUUCGAUCCCCAAUCUGGCGACAUGGGAGUUCUACACUGGAGAGGCGCUGUCCACAGGCCCCUCUUAUGACUGGUGUAUGCUCGCGAUGCGCUCACAGAGCACAGAAGAGUCAGACACCAUUGCCACCACCAAGAGGAGGAUCGUCUGGCCAUGUUACAGCAGUGUCAGCCGUGCCCAGCCUGAUGCCAUCACCAAACUCUUGGCUGACAUUGAGAGGCUGGAGGGAGAACUGGGACAGCAGUCUGAGCCCUGGCACACCACGCUGGAGAAGGUGCGAGACAGCAUCCAAGAAGACCUCAAACAGGAGGGCAAUCUGCGGAAACCGUCAGUGUCCAUCUCUGGUUUGGUCCCCACCUCCAACCUGCAGGCCUAUCAGCGACACUCCAUGUUGCACCUACCUGACAGCGACCUCGGAGAAGACAGCAGCCGCACUGCAGUCAACGGGGUUAAUCGCAGGGCAGCCACGCUCUACAAUCAGUUUACCCCAAAGAAUGAAGACAAUAGGUCAUUUGAGGGAAUCCUGUACAAGCGAGGGGCAUUACUUAAAGCUUGGAAAGCUAGGUGGUUUGUUCUUGACGUAACAAAACAUCAGCUGAGGUAUUAUGAGACGGAUGAGGAUACAAGCUGUCGUGGCUAUAUUGACCUGGCUGAAGUGGAAUCUGUCCUGAUUGCCACACCAACUAUAGGAGCCCCCAAACACAUCAGUGAAAAGGCUUUCUUUGAUCUGAAGACCACUAAACGAGUGUACAACUUCUGUGCAGCAGAUGCUCAGCGUGCCCAGCUAUGGAUUGAUAAGAUCCAGAGCUGCAUCUCAGAUGCAUGAAGCCUUUUUCUUCAGCACCACCUCUCACUGCAGGGAGACUCACUGUGCAAUUAGUAGGACCAUAGUAAAGCCUUCAGUGCCUGUUGAAAAUCCUGUACCUGAGCAGUGACGUACAAUAACACUGCCCCGUUCACUCGUCUGUGGAGCUGCAUUUCCUGCGUCCCACUACCUGCGCUCAAAAACUUGAUCCUGAGCUUCUGUUUCAGGUGAUUGGUGAAAUGAUGCAAUGCACUACUCUGAUAUUUGCUGAACACACUGCUACAUGCAACUAAGACAAAGCAAUAGCACUAAUCUUAAACUCGGGGUCAAAAUAGUAGUGACAAGAGGUGUGUUCUGCAAAACAAAAAUACUGUUGCUGCUGUUAAAAUGCAAAACAAGCACCAAAAUCUGACAAAUGUUUAGAAAGAUGCACAAUGUGUAAAAGGCAAAUAAUUUGCACUUAUUGAUAUGCACUCCGUACAAAACAGAUUUUUAAUGACUAGAACAACUAGGCUAAAGGCAUUAUGUUUUAACAACACAUAAAAUCUUGGAGCAGACAACUUUAUGCUCUAGUGUGCAAAGUGUGUUUUAUAUAUAUUUGCAAAAACUUUUUUUUCAGUAUGAAUGUUAUACUCAUGCGUAACAGAGUUGUUGUUCUGUAAAUUAUUUUUUAAGCAUUAAAAGUGUCACCUGUGUGUUUUUGUUGAAUGGAGAGUCUUAUGUACAUAUAUUACAAUUUCAGCUUUUUAUAUUCUGCUGAAUAUGCUGUUAAAUAUGUUUUUCUAACCUUUUAGUCUAACUUGAAAUAAACACUCAUAUUUAUACUUAAUUAAAGACAAUUUACGGACCAAGCAAAGCACUUCCUGCCUGAGAUGGUUAUCAGUAAGCCGUUUUGUUUGAAAUGAAGGGAAGAACACUAUAUUUCUCCAUUCUCUGUGAGGUUAUAUGUGAUUUUGAUGGCUUUUUGAGGCACUAAGGUUUUAUCCAUUUGUUUUGGUAGCAUAUCUGCAAAGUUUUAAGAAACACGAAAAAAUAUGAGGCAAGAUGUCUGUUACUGAACCUAAAGUGAUGUUACUGUAUGUACAAUACUUUGUGGUGCCACUAAUGUUUCUGGUUUGUUUACUGUUUUUGGUUAUAU